AUGAUGUCUUGUCGACUAUAUCUUGGAAUGAUUCUUUCAGUGGUACUGAUAAACCCGGCACAUGCGUGGGUCAACCAACUACCGAUCAGCAGAAGAGGGUCGUGGUCAUCAUCUUACUAUUAUGAUUCUUCAUCAUAUUCCUCGUCUUGUUCAGCGACAGCGACACCAACAUCACUCCAAGCAGCAAGGCUUUCACCAUUGCCACCCAAUAUCUCUCCCUUUGAAAAGUCAGAAGCCAAAUCACGUGAUAUCACUGGUGACUUUCGCAAAACUUCAUUAUCGGCUCUACAGCAAGCCAUCAGAGAUGGCAAGAAAGAAAUGGAAAUUGAGUUUCCUCCACUCUUGGAAUCCAAAUCUCAGUUUGAUGACUUUGACAAUGUUCAAGAACUCAACAAAAAUCGUGACUGGUGCAUAGAAUGGCUUCCAACACUUUCGAAUGCUAUCAGUCCUCCAGUGUGGUUUGUCUUACCGGAUACCAAGGAAGUGGAACUUGCCAAAGAAGAGUGGAAUGGUCAACGAUUCCGGCAAGCAGCAUCCUGGACCAGCAUUGAAGCCGUGACCGAACAUUACUCUUCGUCAGCCUCUUCCACUGAUGAUGACAGCAGCAACGCAGAUGAGAAUUACUCCAAACCAUGGGGUGCAACCUUUGCCGCUGGCAUGAGUCAACUGCUUGGCGGUGGCAAUGGAGAUUCGGGAUUGUUGGGAAAUAAGGAUUCCUUGGACGACCUGACUACUGAGACUAAUAGUAAUCCUUCGCUCCACUUGGUGUGUCAACCAGGGAAUGGUGGACCCGUGGAGGACUGGAUCAAUGUCAAAAAGUUUCACAUGGACAUGGCCAAAUCGAGUACUCCCACCUGCAUCGUGAAUGGAGCCUUGGACAAGGUCCGUGACGGAUACUACAAUGGUUUCAUUUUUCCAGCAUUGGCCAAGACCUUUGAUUUCUACAAGUCCUUUGAAUCCAUAUUUUAUUUGAAGCCAGUGAGUGACAAGGGUGUUUACGGUUGGCUGUAUCGGGUGUAUCCGGAACCAUGGCAAGUCGUUCUUCAAACCCCCUACGACAAGGGUGGCCGUGUCAUGGUGCAAGACAGUGUGGCAUUGGUAUCGGACAAGAGACCGACAUACACGGAAGCGGUUCAAGCUCUACUUCAAGAAGCUCAAAAGCAGAAAGCAUAG